CGGGAUUCCGGCUGGGCGAGCCGCCGGACGGCAUCACCGGGCAUCCCGCGGCGCGGAGCCCCGCAGGCUCUGGCAGGUCCCCGCUGUCCCUCCCCGCACACACACGCUCAGCCCGGCCCGGAAAGCAGGAAAAAAAUAAUUUACAAGGUUCCCCCCUUUCCCUGACCUCCUCGCCCGUGACUCCCGAGUGGAAAAAAAAUCGGGGGCGAAGGGGGGAGGUUGUUAGAAGCCGGUGAAGGGGCAGAGCCGCUCCGUGGGGAGGGCAGCCCAGGCAGCCCCGCCGCCCCGGGGAGGGGGGCAUGAGGUAGAGGCCGGCGGCGGAGCGCCCGCGAGGCGCCGUGGCCGCGGAGGGCAUGAGGCGGCGAGCGGCGGGGAUGGGCUCCAGCGCGCGGUGUUAGAGCCCGCAGCAGCCGAGCCUCCAGGUCUGAGAGGACAGUAGCCUGUGCGAUACGGCGGGAUCUGGUUUUCAAAAUGGAAUUGCAGCUGGCGCUCCUUUUGGCAGGGAUAAUUGCGUUUUCGGACUCGGCGCGAGGCCCCCCCAGGAUCGCUGACAAAGUGAUUCACCGCCAGUCCGUGAGGCUGGGCAGGACCAUCAAGCUGCUGUGCCCGGUGGAGGGCGACCCGCCGCCCCUCACCAUGUGGAUGAAGGACGGGCGGACCAUCCACAGCGGCUGGACAAGGUUCCGCAUCCUCCAGCAAGGCCUGAAGAUCAAGGAGGUGGAGAGCGAGGACGCGGGGACCUACAUCUGCAAGGCCACCAACGGCUUCGGCAGCGCCAACGUCAACUACACCCUCAUCGUCAUCGAUGAUGCCAGCUCAGGAAAGGACAGCCAGGUGCCCGAAGGCUCCAAUGGAGAAUAUGAAGACCAUUCUGGGAAGCAGUGGGCCCGGCCCAGGUUCACGCAGCCCGCCAAGAUGAGGCGCAGGGUGAUCGCCCGCCCCGUCGGCAGCUCCAUCCGCCUCAAGUGCGUGGCCAGCGGCAACCCCAGGCCCGACAUCACCUGGCUGAAGGACAACAAGCCCCUCACUGCCCAGGAGAUUGGGGAGAACAAGAAGAAGAAGUGGACGUUGAACCUGAAGAACCUGAAGCCGGAGGACAGCGGGAAGUACACCUGCAGGGUGUUUAACAAAGUCGGGGAAAUCAACGCGACGUACAAAGUCGAAGUGAUCCAGAGGACGAGGUCCAAGCCCAUCCUGACGGGGACCCACCCCGUGAACACCACGGUGGACUACGGCGGCACCACGUCCUUCCAGUGCAAGGUGCGCAGCGACGUCAAGCCCGUCAUCCAGUGGCUGAAGCGGGUGGAGUACGGCACCGAGAGCAAGUACAACUCCACCAUCGACGUCGGCGGGCAGAAAUUCGUUGUGCUGCCCACGGGCGAGGUCUGGUCCCGCCCCGACGGCUCCUACCUGAACAAACUGAUGAUCACUCGAGCCAAGGAGGAGGAUGCAGGGAUGUACAUCUGCCUCGGGGCAAACACCAUGGGCUACAGCUUCCGGAGUGCUUUUCUCACUGUCCUGCCUGAUCCCAAGCCUCCCAGCGCACCCGUGCCGCCCUCCUCAGCCAGCAGCCUGCCCUGGCCCGUCAUCAUCGGCAUCCCGGCCGGGGCCGUGUUCAUCCUGGGCACCAUCCUGCUGUGGCUGUGCCAGUCCAAGAAGAAGCCGUGCUCCCCGCCGGGCACGGCGGCCCCCGCGCACCGCCCUGCGCCCCGCGAGCGCGCCGGCCUGGCCCCGCUCCCCGACAAGGACUGCAUCUCCUCCAUCAACUACGACGAGUACGUGGCCCAGCAGCAGCACCUGCUGUCCCAGGCGCCCGGCCUGGCCCCGGCCAUGGCCCCCAAAAUGUACCCAAAGAUUUACACGGACAUCCACACCCACACGCACUCGCACGUGGAGGGCAAGGUGCACCAGCACCAGCACAUCCAGUACCAGUGCUGAGGGCCGGCCCCGCGGCUCCUUUGGGCUUUUCUCCCUCGUGGUACCUCAGCAGAGACUGCUCCAAGCCAGCUCAGCACUGCCAGCAACAGGCAAAGCAGACAGAAAAGGUUAUAUAUGUAAUUUUAAAUAUAUAUAUAUACAUAUAUAUAUAAUUGUAUAUGCGUGUGUGUAUGUGUGUAUAUAUAUAUGUGUAUAUAUCUAUAUCUAUCUAUAUAAAUAUAUAUAUAAUAGAGAAAGACACAGAGAGAAAAGAGAUUUUUUUGUUUUUUAAUUAUUGCAAUCAGGAUGUAGCCGAGGAAUAAUGAAGGAACUCCAAUUCACAGCAGAGAAGCAGCUGUCUCCAGCAGCAGAGCCUUCCUGGAUAUUUUAAUCAGAGUGGCAACAAGUGAGAUGGGACACAGGGAUGUGAACCACCACACCUUCCUUGUGUUACUGAAGGGAGCAGGUAGAGCCAGAGGUGUGUGUGGUAUUUCCUGGCUGGGCCUGGAUUCCUUCCUGGGCAUUGUUUUGGUGGGGAGCCCCCAGACCUCUCCUGCUCUCAGUGACUCAAACUCUGACACACCUGAGGCUCAGUGCCAAAGCACCAGGAGACAUAACCCAUUCAUCUCGUGCAGGGAAAGGAAAUAACACAAGAGGGUCUGAAUAAACCAAUUUCUGUUCACAAGGUGAAAUGCCACGUGCUGCUCAGUCGUGGUCAGCACAAUCAGCUAAGCAAGCUGGUUGGUUCAGUUUCUGCAAGGUGAAGGCAUCUUGUUUGCCAUGGGAUUUUCCAGAUCAGCUCCACUCCUCUGGUCCUAGGACUCAGUGCCACUGCCAGGAAAAAGGAAAGAAGGAAAAAGGAACAUUGUACAGAACACCUUUAUAUUUAUAUUUAAGAAAUAAUAAUAAUUAAUAAUAAUAAUUGAACUGCUGAUGGUGAAGAAAGCAAAACACACUGUCCUUCUCUGAUGGCUUAGAGUGACAAGCUACUGGAUUUUCUGCGCCAAUGCAAAAUACGUGAGAGCAUUAGAAAAAAUAGUAAGAAGCAAAGAGAGUGAAAUAAUCUUGUAGGAAAAAAUUGCAUUUGAGAAAUAUCCACCUAGGUUGUGUGUGGUUGUCCCCUCCCCUCAGAUAUCACUUCGUAAGUGAUAAAGCAUUGCAGUUCAAACAACAGGAAAAACAGAAAGAAGAGAAAAUAAAUAAGGACCAUAUUAAAUACCUAUAUGGACUGGGAAUGAAUCCAAUUGCAAAAUAUAAAACCUUUGUAAUUCUAUAUAGAGUUUAAACAGAAGUCAUGUAUAUUUAAUUUAUUUUGUUAAACAAGAAAAAAAAUGUAUGAUAUUUUCCUCGAAACAGGCAUUUCUAUAUGUAUUUUUGAUCAAAGAAAAUAAAGAUUUUUUUUUUCAGGUUCUGUAGAUGCCAUGCUCAGAACACACUUGAUGUAGCUUGUGACCAACUGUGCUUCUCCUGACCUGGAGGCCACCUGUCUCUGUGCCUUUCACACCAGCCAGGUGCCAUCUCCUGUCCCCUCAGGUGCUGCUGGUGCCAUCCUGUCCAUCAGAAAAUGACCUUUCCCACUGGCUGUGUUCUGGCUGUGGGCUCUGCAGUGCCCAGACCCCUGCUCAUGGACCCCAGCCAUCUUCAGCAGCAGAGUUCUUCUCUCACAGGGAAAUCUCUUUCACUCUGCAUUUCUGGGGGUGUGGGGAGGAUGAUUCAUUCGUUUUUUUAAGCCCAGACCUGCAGUGGUUUGUUGGUUUGGGUUUUCUUAAAGAAAAUUUUGUAAAUCAAAGCAUAAUAAUUUGUGAGGCUGUAAAAAGCAACUUUGGCCUCAGGGUGCUUGGAAGGGGAACUCAUGAAAUGUGGGUGAAACACUUGAUUUGUAGCUGCAGCUGCUUUAGGAGCCAGUGGAGGGUGAGCUGGGCACAAUGAGAGAGAACACAGGAGCUGCUCCCUUCAGUGGGGCUUGAACCUUCCUUGUGCUGCACCCCACACAGAGGCACCCAGCUCUUCAGGGGCCAUUUCCUUUGGAGAAAUAGUUUCAAUGAUGAAACUAUUUCUCUUCUUUUCAUUUAGAGUUUGAUGGUUUAAACAAAAAAAAAGAAGAAAAUUUGAAACAUGCUAAUUUUCAAGUUUGGAAUCACUUCCUUCUCAAGCCUGUUCCAUGAAAGAGAUCCCCACCAAACCAGCUGCUCCAUUUAAAAGUGAAACACUUUAUUUAAUCUGAAACAAAGCUGUGCUUUAGGCUUUGCUUUUCUCUGAACAUUUGUGGAGGUGUUUGCUCUGUGUUGACCCGCAGUGAUUUUUUUCUGGUGGUUUGUUUGAAUCACCAGCAAACCAAACAGUUCCCUGUUUGCUCAGCCGUGAUGCUGAGAUGGGGCCCCAAUUCAGUGAAACACUGAAUCAGCUCCUGCUUUCUUCACCAAUGCAUUCUGCUCCAAAAAGUCCUUUUCUUGCCUUAGGAGGAGGUUAUCCAUGCAAUAACCCCUAGAGGAAGGCCGUCCCUCUCUUGUAGAGUUUGUAAUAAAGCAACCUAUUGAUAACUAGUAUUUUUCAGCAGGAGGGUUCAAACAGAUUUAUGAAAUUGCUAAAUUUCAGAUUAAGGAUAUCUUUAUAUGCAUCCUCUCAGCUUCAGGGAGGGCUGAGAGGAGCUUAAGUGUGAGCACUGAUAUAAGGCAUGGAUAUAAGGCAUGGUUUGGGCAGGAGUUCUUAAUGGCUGAAGUAUAGUGACUCAUUUCAUUUUAAAAAAUAAAUUAAAAAGCCUCUACACACUAAGGGCAUUGCCUUUAUUUCAAGGAGACACUAAGCGUAUGUUUCCAUGAGAGAUAAUAAAGUCUGCAUCUCAUAUCUUGUGCCUGUGGGAAGCUGCUUGCUUGUGGUGUGUCCCAAGCUCCUGCACAUUCCAGCAGCACUGGGGCUUGGCACAGGGCAGGGUUCCCCUGUAGUCCCAUGGUUCUUCUCUGCUCUCUGGGCCAGUGUUGUGGCAGGGAGACACUUCUGGCCAUGCCCUGUGGGCAGCACCAACAGCAGCCUCAGAGCUGGGCACUGGCUUUGUGGGUUCAGCCCUGACAAACCCUGAGAGGUUUUCUAAUGGCACCAGCUCCAGUGGCAGCUCUGAGCCUCAGAGAGGGGUUGGUGGGUGAAGAGAAGCACUCCUGCAUUUCCCAUGCAGCACAGAAUUCCAGGCUGUGUAGCACUCUCCACCUGCCCUUUGUGAGCAGCCCUGCAGUGCUGCAUCGCACAGGCAAAAAUCACAUUUUGUCAGAUGGCUCCAGUGGAAGGAGUGGCUUCCUCCUGCCCUGCAAAGAUAAAUCUCUAGUGCUGCUGGCAGAGCUCUCCAGAGGCAAAUGUUGCAUUAAACCACCCUGUGUGGGCAAUGCAUCAGCCCAGGGCAGCUGCAGCUCUCGGCUGUGGCGCUGGGAAUGCAGCUCUGGAUUUGGGUGCACCAUGAGAGAUGCCACAAAGGUCUGGAUUUGCAGAAAGCCUGGGGAUUUCAUCCUGCCUUGGCUGUCUGCUCCAUCCUGACCACCAGGAAUGGUGUGAGAUUUCCCCCCAGGGAAAUACCCUCACAUGCCCUGUUUAGGAGGGGCUGUGGUUGUUGUCUGGGCCUUGCACUGGCUUGCUGUGCCUGGGUGGAUUUCACAUUUUUGAGGAAUUAUUUUUCCUUCACAAGGUACCUCUAAGACCUUUUCUGAGUCACUCUGUCCAAGCCUUACUGCAUGCCAUUGAAUUUUAGGGCUUGAUUGUGCCUUGCAUAUGUUGCAAAGUCUUCCAUAGUUUAAAUAAAUUCAACCAGGUCACACUUGUGUAUGAAUAUGUUUUUUAUUCAGUGGGAAAAGAUUUGGAUGCAUCUUCAUUCCUCAAUAGAGGGUGUUCAAAGAAAACCAUUGUCUUGUUUCUGGUCACUGACCCUAUGUUGAACACAGAAGAUUUUUCAUUUUAUAUAUUUGUAUGCAUAUAGGCAUAUAGAUGUACAUGCCAAGUUGUGAUACAGAAGGCAAUUGUACUUUUAAAACCAUGGAGCUUCAAAGAUCAAAGGAAUUUUAGGCUUAAAACUCACUAUCUUUGUUAAUUUUAUUUGCAUUACAGAUCAAACAUGGCUUUACCUACCAGUUUGUGCAUUUUUUAACUUUGUAUGGACAAUCUUUCUGUGGUCAGCCCCUUUCAAACUGAAAACUUAUCAGACAUUGGAGAUAAAAAGUGUUCUGUGGUUUUCAUUUGGUGACAAAUACAAUAACUGAACACAUCAAAGGAGACAGAAUGGCACAGUGUGUCUGUGGCUUUGUAAUAAAAGUUGCAGAAAAAAAGGAAUAAAAGCCUGGAGUUGUGCUAAUGUGUUUUAGAGUUCUGUGUUUUGAAGGGAAGUGUGGCUCUGUGUGUGUGUGUGUGUGUUACACAUCAGGAGUUUGUGCUGGCAGGACAAACAGAAUUGUAAAGUUACCUGUGUGCCACAGCUUGGUCUGAUAUUUUGUGUGGGUUCUGUGAAUCAAGCAGAGGCAUUAUUUUUUAAAUUAUUUGGGAAAGAUUUCUGGGUUUUAGUGAAAAAGGGCAGUUUUUAAUCUGUUCACCUCUAGAGCCAAAUGCUACAACUGCACUAGGAGCCAAAUUUUAAUUAGCAGGAUGGAAUUUUGGAGUACCUGGAGUGGACCAAGGUCAAGCUCAGGACCUCCACCUCUUUUGAGGCAAACCUGUGAGUGUCUCACUGCUCACUCCAGAGGCAGUAAAUGUCCAAUCUGUGACAUCUGAAGUUCAGAAAAGCUGGCCCUCACCCAAAAGGGGCCUGACCUGGGCCUCUG